UGCACUUCGUUGCUCCAGUCUCACUCUCGUUGCUCCAGUCUCACAUCUCUGCGACGCCGCAUCUCGGUCUUCGCUCCUCCCACUCUCUCUACUUCCCAGCCGCAUCUCACCAUCACCAUGAGCGACGGCACUGUUGUCGGCGCCAUCAGGGCGCCACUCGACCUCGACAAGCUCGUCCCCUACCUCGAGCAGAACGUGAAGGGCUUCAAGGGCCCCGUCGAGCCCAAGCAGUUUGGUUUCGGCCAGUCCAACCCGACGUACCUCCUCGAAACGCCCAGCAAGAAGUACGUGCUGCGCCGCGCGCCGCUCGGCAAGCUCCUGUCAGCAACGGCACACCGUGUCGACCGCGAGUUCCUCAUUCUCAAGGCUUUGAACGGGUACAACGACAGGCUGCCCGCAAGCGCGGCCGAGCGCCGCGUCCCCGUCCCGGAAGUGUACUGCCUGUGCAUGGACCCCGCGGUCGCCGGCGCACCCUUCUACGUGAUGGAGUUCAUCAAGGGACGCAUCUUCACCGACGUGCGCAUGCAGAGCCUGCCGCGCGAGGAGCGCGAUGCGUGCUGGCACUCGGCGAUCGCGACGCUCGCAAAGCUCGCAACCGUCCCCAUCGCCGACUUGCAGCUCGACAAGUCGUUCGCCGCCGACCCGCUCGCCAAGCCAUACUUCCCCCGCCAGGUCAAGUCGCUCAUGAAGGUGUCGGAUGCGCAGGGCGCCACGCCCGUCAAGACCGAGGGCGGGAAGCCCCUCGGCGAGAUCGAGCACGCCCAGGACCUCCGGCCGUACUUUGAGAAGGGGGCGCAGGUCGUUGCGCGUGCUGAGCUCGUCCACGGAGCAUCCAUUGUUCACGGAGACUACAAGAUUGACAAUGUUAUCUUCCACCCCACUGAACCCCGCGUCAUCGGCAUUCUCGACUGGGAACUGUGCACGCUGGGCUCGCCGCUUGCGGACCUCGGCAACGUGCUGAUGCCCUUCUCCUUCGCGCCUGUCACUGCGUCCGACAUGUCGCGCCUCGGCCUGAAGCCCGACGGGCUCACGAACCUCAUGAUUGGGCUCAAGGGCCUGCCGUCGUCCGAGACAGGCAUCCCGCAGGUGCAGCAGUUCGAGCAGUGGUGGGUGGAGGAGAUGAACAAGGGCUAUGCAUGGCACGCGGCGCACAGCCCAAGCAUGCGGGGCAAGAAGGCGCCGGCGCCGUGGACGCACCCCAUCGCGGGCCUCGAGUGGGUGCGCGCGUGGAUGAUCUGGCGGCUCGCCAUCAUCGCGCAGGGCAUCGCGGCGCGCGCAGCCCUCGGGCAGGCAAGCAGCGCCACGGCCAGCCCCAGCCGCGAGCGCUUCGACUUCUUCGGCCGCAUGGCGUACAAGGCCAUGGUCGACGGCGAGAAGACCGAGAGCAUGAGCGCAAAGUUGUAGUGAUGCAUGCAUGGCACGGUUGCGU